AUGAAGCAGACCUUGCUGGUGAAGCAGCCUGGGAGCACAGCGCUGACCAGGCAGAGGAGCAGUGAGCAGGAGGACCUUCCCUUCGACGACACUCCAGAGGUCAAAUGCACCCCAGCCAAACGGCGGGCUGUUAAAAUCCUCUACCCAGCCCAGGUCAGGAAGUACCUGCCCCCCGAGAAGAAGGACUGGGCUAAGAGGACGCUCCUGCUCCUGCUGUGUGUGGUCACCGCCCAAGUGUACACGGCCGUGGAGGCCCAAGAGGGAACGGUCGACGCAAUCGCCGUGGCGAUGGGAGGCCCAGGCCACUCGCCCCUGUCAGAUGCCAGCGGGGAGCGGGCACUGGUGCUCCCGUCCUUGUCCGUAGAUGUCUUCCCCCCCACCAAUGGCAGUGCCCCGCUGCUGCCCCUGAUGAUGCCCGAAGGUGUCGGUCCGGCAGUGACCGCCGUGUGCCACGGAAUGGGCUCCAGCUCCGUUGCCUGCAGAAUGUGA